AAUAAAACAAGAUAUAAAAAAAUGGGAUUCUUUGAUAAGAAGGAAAAGUUUGAAGUUCAUAAAAUUAAGAGCAAUUUGAAAAUGGCCAUAACAAGAAUUGGCUUGUUGAAAAACAAGAAAUCCAAUGGCAUUAAAGUUCAAAAGAGACAAGUUGCUGAAUUACUUCAAAAUGAAAAGGAUGAAUCAGCAAGAAUUAAAGUUGAAAAUAUUAUUAGAGAGGAUUAUGCUAUUGAAGCUUUAGAAAUUUUGGAAUUAUUUUGCGAUUUAGUUCAUACUAGAAUACAGUUACUUUCCGAGUCAAAUACUUGCCCACAUGAUAUGAAGGAAGCAGUUAGUACAUUGAUUUAUGCUGCACCAAGAACUGAAGUUAAGGAAUUGAUGGAAGUUAGAAAUCAAUUUGCAGCAAAAUUUGGAAAGGAUUUUGUUGAUGCAGCAAUGGAUAAUAAGGAUUUGGCCGUAAAUCAACGUGUAAUGUUCAAACUUGAUGUUAAAGUACCAGAGCCAUAUCUCUGUAUUGAUUAUUUGAGAGAAAUUGCAAAGGAAAAUGGUAUAGAGUGGGAUGAUAGUAAUGUGGUUACUGAUGUGGAUGUUCAUAACCAAAAGAUGACACCAAUUAAUCCACAAUUACAAACCUUCUCAAUUCCAACAUCUGAGCCAAUUCAACAUAAUCAACCUUUCCAAACUCAACAAUUCCAUCAAGGACCUCCGCCAGCUUAUUCACCAAAUACACAAUUCCAAUCACAACCUCAAUAUUUAAUUCCUCCUCCUUCCGAUCUUCGUCCAACCAAUCAAUCUGGUUAUUCUGUAGAUUUUAAUCCUCAACAACCAUCAAUGUUCCACGAUGUACCUCCACUUUCACAAGGAACUUUUGGAGCUAGUAAUGUACCUGCAUUUGGUCAAGAUGCGAACAGUUAUGAUUUUGAUGAAUUACAAAAGAGAUUUGAAGCUCUCAAGAAACGAGAAUAACUUGUACAUUAGUAAAUAUUGAAUUAUAUUAUUCUUGAU